UUUUCUAAAGGGACGAAAAGACGGGAAACGGAACGGUAAGAGGAUAUUUUACAGCCAAAGAAAGUCAAGUAAAAAGAUAGAGUUUCUCUUCAAAGACGGAGAAGGAAAAGUCUGGAGGUUUUAGCAGCUAAGCUAACUAGCUGGAGCUAAGGUAUGGACUCUCCAGGCAGAAGUCCCAGUCCUGCGCAGAAAGAACCCAGUGGACCUUCAGAAGACGAGUCCAGUCCAACAGCAGAGAGGCCCCAACAGACCGGCUCGGUCGAGAGAAGCCCCAAAGAGAGGGCGUCUCCUCAGGCCAGUCCUGCAGGCCGCCCACCCUCCAAGAGUCCUGCGUCCAGCAGUUCAGACAGCAGCAGCAGCGAUGAUGAUGAGGAUGAACAUCAUGGGGCAUUGAGGAAGAUUAGGAGCAGCGUGGCUCAGAUCAAAAGAUCAAGAUCCAAGUCCAGGUCCAAAGAGCGAGACAGAUCCAUGUCCAGAGAGCGAGACAGAUCAAGCUCCAGGGGACGAGAUGGAUCCAGAUCAAGAUCCAGGGGACGGGACGGAUCCAGAUCAAGAUCCAGGGGACGGGACCGGUCUAGGUCAAGAUCCAGGGGACGGGACCGGUCCAGGUCAAGAGGGCGAGACCGGUCCAGAGAGAGAGACCGGGACCGCUACGACAGAGGACGCUAUACUCGCGAUCGCUAUGACGAUCGCCGUGACGACAGGGGCGGGCGUUUUGACCGCUGGACCAAUCGGGAUGCAGAGUCAGAUCACAGGAGGCGAGGCCGCUCAGCCUCCCCUCCAACAGACAGGGAGCCCGUGGCGGCCGACCAGCCGCCAGUCAAGAAGAAGAAGGAGGAGCUCGACCCGAUCCUGACGAGGACCGGUGGAGCUUACAUCCCCCCAGCCAAGCUACGCAUGAUGCAGCAGCAAAUCACUGACAAGAGCGGCCUGGCCUAUCAGAGGAUGAGCUGGGAGGCUCUGAAGAAGUCCAUCAAUGGUCUGAUCAACAAAGUCAACGUGUCAAACAUCGUCAUGAUCAUCCAGGAGCUGCUGCAGGAGAAUAUCGUCAGGGGGAGGGGUCCGCUGGCCCGCUCGGUGCUGCAGGCUCAGGCGGCGUCUCCCAUCUUUACUCAUGUUUACGCCGCUGUUGUCGCCAUCAUCAACUCCAAGUUCCCACAGAUUGGAGAGCUGAUUCUCAAACGCCUCAUCCUGACCUUCAGGAAGAGCUACCGCCGCAACCUCAAGCAACAGUGCCUGACAGCCUCAAAGUUUGUGGCACAUCUCAUAAACCAGAACGUGGCCCAUGAGGUUUUGUGUCUGGAGAUGCUCACUCUGCUGCUGGAGCGUCCGACUGACGACAGCGUGGAGGUCUCCAUCGCCUUCCUGAAGGAGUGCGGACUCAAACUGACCGAGGUGUCCCCGCGAGGAAUAAACGCCAUAUUUGAGCGUCUCAGGAACGUCCUCCAUGAGUCGGCCAUUGAUAAGAGGGUCCAGUACAUGAUCGAGGUGAUGUUUGCUAUCAGGAAAGACGGUUUCAAAGAUCACCCAGUGAUCCCAGAGGGCCUGGACCUGGUGGACGAGGAAGACCAGUUCACCCACAUGCUGCCACUGGAGGACGAGUACGACCCAGAAGACAUCCUCAAUGUGUUUAAGAUGGACCCAGACUUCCUGGAGAACGAAGAGAAAUACAAAACCAUUAAAAGAGAUAUCCUGGACGAGGGGAGCAGCGAUUCAGGGGAGGAAGGAGACGGCAGUGAUGAAGACGAUGAAGAAGAGAACGAGGAGGAGGGAGAAGAUGAGAAGGUUACAAUCUUUGAUCAGACAGAAGUCAACCUGGUUGCUUUCAGAAGAACCAUCUACCUCGCUAUACAGUCCAGUUUGGACUUCGAGGAGUGCGCUCACAAACUGAUCAAGAUGGACUUUCCUGACAGCCAGACGAAGGAGCUGUGUAACAUGAUCCUGGACUGCUGCGCUCAACAGAGAACCUACGAGAAGUUCUUUGGUCUGCUGGCUGGGAGGUUCUGUCUGCUGAAGAAGGAGUACAUGGAGAGUUUUGAGGGGAUUUUUUCGGAGCAGUACGAAACAAUUCACCGACUGGAGACCAACAAACUGAGGAACGUGGCUCGACUGUUCGCUCACCUGCUCUACACAGACUCUGUGCCCUGGAGUGUUUUGGAGUGUAUCAGGAUGAGUGAGGAGACCACGACUUCGUCUAGCAGGAUCUUUGUGAAGAUCCUUUUCCAGGAGCUCUGUGCCUACAUGGGCCUUCCCAGACUCAAUCAGAGGCUCAAAGACCCGACUCUGCAGCCGUUCUUUGAAGGUCUUUUUCCUCGUGAUAAUCCCAGAAACACUCGCUUCGCCAUCAACUUCUUCACUUCUAUUGGACUGGGAGGACUGACGGACGAAUUGAGGGAACAUUUGAAGAACGCUCCGAAGAUGAUCAUGACUCAAAACCAGGAAGUGGAAUCCUCUGACUCCUCGUCCUCAUCAGCCUCCUCUUCCUCAUCUGACUCCUCCUCAGACUCAUCCAGCGAAUCAGACUCAGACUCCUCAGACUCUGACUCCUCCUCCAGCAGCAGCAGCAGCAGCAGCUCAGACUCGGACAGCAAACAUAGGAAGAAGAAGAAGAGAAAAGAACAAAGUGAGGAGAAGAAGAAGAAGAAAGAGAAGGACAAGAAGAAGAAGAAGGACAAACCCUCUGACAAGAAGCGAGCCGGAUGCAAGAAUGCCGACGAGGAUGAUAGUAACGACGAGAAGCAGGCGAGGAAGGACAGAAAAGGCAGUGCGCGUGAGGAGGCGGAGCGUGAGCGUGCACGUGAGGCGGAGGAGCGUGCGCGUGAAGCAGAGGAGCGCGAGCGUGCACGUGAGGGGCCCCGCCGGAGCAGACGAGAUGAAAGAGCAGAAGAAGAGGAGCAGGAGGAGAGGAGGCGAAAAACGGACGUUCAAAGCAGACAAAGAGACGGAGAGAGGGAGAGAGAGAGAGACAGGGGGAGGGAUAGAGAGAGGGAGCGAGCGAGAGAGAGAGAGAAUGAGGAGAAGAGUGAGAGAGAGAGAGAGAAACAGAGGGAUAGAGAGAGGAAUAAAGAGAACAGAGACAGGAACAGAGAGCGAGAGGAGAGGAGGAGGAGAUAAGACUCUUCAUCCCUCUGUCCUGAAGUGAAGUCUCCAUCCUUUCCUUCUGUCAUCCCUCUCUUCUUAAUUCAUCCUGUCUCACUGGUGUUUUGGAUUUGGGACCCCUUCUCUCGCCCUCUCUCUCUGUCUGUCUGUAUUUUCUAUUAUUAAUUUUUGUUGUUGAUGAAAUGCAGAAAAAAAACAUUAAAGUUGCUUUAGAUGUUUUUUAA